AUGCCGAAACCAUCAGGUGCAGUGCCAAAGGGAUGGGAUGGGCAAACCAUCUACCUCCACGCACCUUCCUACUCGAAGAAGCUUGGUGGUGACAAGCUCAGCGCACUGAUACUGCCAAAGUCCAAUCUAGCGCCCGAUACACAGGUUUAUAAGCCUAAAGGACCAUACUCAAAUGUCAAGAUCACAUCAGUGACAGACUCUACACACCCUGCACAUGGACAGCAUGCGCUAUAUGCUAACCAGCAUCUACCACCAGACUCGUUCAUCCUGCCAUACUUGGGCUAUGUGCACGACCAGACUGACACUGACGAAGCAUCCGACUACGACUUAUCACUCGACCGCGAACUAAGCAUCGGCGUAGAUGCGUCAAAGAUGGGCAACGAAGCGCGAUUCAUCAACGACUACCGGGGUGUCUGCCCCGCACCGAGCGCCGAAUUCCGCGAUAUAUUUGUGGACAUCGGGAACGGGAAGGUGGAGAGGAGAGUCGGUGUCUUCGUGCUGAGUGCUGGCAAAAGUGGAAAGAGAGCGAAGGGUAUCGGGCGUGGACAGGAGAUCCUCGUCAGCUAUGGCAAAGGAUUCUGGUCAGAUCGACAAUCGACUGAAGAAUGA